AAAAAGAAUCGAAGAGAGAAGAAAGACGAUUUUCUCGAAGAAGCUAUGGCGGAUCAACUCACCGACGAACAGAUCUCCGAAUUCAAGGAAGCUUUUAGCCUCUUCGACAAAGAUGGCGAUGGUUGCAUCACAACCAAAGAGCUGGGAACAGUGAUGCGUUCACUAGGACAAAACCCAACAGAGGCUGAGCUUCAAGACAUGAUCAACGAGGUUGAUGCAGAUGGAAACGGUACAAUCGACUUUCCCGAGUUCCUCAACCUGAUGGCUAAGAAGAUGAAAGACACUGACUCAGAGGAAGAGCUAAAAGAAGCAUUCAGGGUUUUCGACAAAGACCAGAACGGUUUCAUCUCUGCUGCUGAGCUACGCCAUGUGAUGACCAAUCUUGGUGAGAAGCUAACUGAUGAGGAAGUUGAAGAGAUGAUCCGCGAGGCUGAUGUUGAUGGAGAUGGUCAGAUUAACUAUGAAGAGUUUGUCAAGAUUAUGAUGGCUAAGUGAUUUGAGAAAGGUGAUGAUGAUGAUGAUGACCUUUUUAUGGUUCUAGGAGUUUAACCAAAAACAUUUGCAUGAUUGGUGGAGAUAUGCUUUAAAACAGACAUUAUUUGUUUUUCGUUUUUUAUUUUCUGGUUUGUGACUUUUGUGUGUAAUGGAAAUCAAGUAAUGACUUUUGU